UUUUUGGCUCAAAAUCUAUUACAGAUUGAAAAUUGAUUCAUGUUAAGCUACUCUUUGUUUAAGAAUGACAGAAGUGCAGGACGAUGACCACUGGUUGUACGGAGAAGAUAAUGCAGAGAAAGAAGCCGCUUCUCAACAAGCAACAUCUAAGGAGGACAAUGUACCUGAGGGGAGUGAUUCAGCAGACGGUAAAGAUGCACCAGCUGAUAAUUCAGAGCAAACUCAAGAUCAAGAAAAACCUGAUGCAGAUGCAGGAGCGUCACUUGAGCCCAAUGACAAAGAGGCCUUGCCUUCUGCUGGAGAUGCCCCAGCAGCAGAUGCUACCAUUGGUGAAGGGGGAAAAGAAGGUGAAGACGAUGCUGCAGGGGAGAGUAGUGAUGAAGACGAUCUCACCAUCACCAUUGGUGAACUCAAGAAGGCGGCUGAAGUUAUGACCCCUGGCCAACACCAGGCUCGCUUCCAACCUAAGGCUGCCCCAACAACAGGCCUUAAAGACGAUGACUUUGCUACUGCUGGCAAAGUGAAUGGUGUAGCUGUGGCAGACUUGAAUUUGGCUGACUAUGAAGACAAGCCUUGGAGGAAGCCUGGUGCAGACCUCUCAGACUACUUCAAUUAUGGUUUCAAUGAACAAUCUUGGUUCAAGUAUUGUGACCGCCAGAAAAGGAUGAGGAUGCAUGAGAGUGGCAGUGGACUGAACUCUUUAGGGAUCAAUGUUGGCAAGCCAUUUGGGUACUUGUCUAAUUCAGAGAACAAGUCAAAUGGAGCUGAGAACAACGGGAACUCCACCAGCCGCCCGCCACGAGCGUCCGUGCCUUUCAAUAAACGCGUGGACAACCCGGCACGACCUGAGGGCAACUCCAUACAGGUGAUGACAGCAGACCGUCGCGAGUACUCCAACAAAGUCAUGCCUCCUUCCUACAUGUCUGGACCACCGCCUCCCAUGCCACAUGGACCCUAUGAUGACAUGGAAUUUGGCGGGAACAUGUGGGAACAAGGCCCCGACAACGGCUAUUACCCUCCAGUGUCUUACUACGGCACGCCUCCUCCUGCUGGGCCUCCUGCGGGGCCUCCUGUAGUGCAGGGCCCGCCCCCCAACUUCAAUGCUCCUCCUGUGUCCUGGAAUAACCCCCCUCCCCCCAUGGUGCCUCCACCCCAGAUGGUACCUCCAGCAGCACAUGUAGCUCCGCCUCCUCCAAGGUGGGGCGGUGAAGUGCCUCCUCCUCCAUCUCUGACCGGGGGCAUCUCUGUGGGGCACGGAGAGUCUCCGCCGCAGUACCGUACAGACAGAGACCGCGACGACUCUGACGACGACAGGAAAAGGUCGCGUCGUCACCGCCGCCUGUCACGGUCGCCCUCGCGUCCCCGUCACCGCACGCGGUCGCGGUCCCGGUCGCCCUCACACAAACACAAGCGCAAGAAGAGCAAGCGGGACAGGGACGCCGACUAGCUGCCUCCUGCACCUUCUGCCGUCUGCUCCUGCUGCCUCCUGCUGUCUGAACCAGCUGGCUCCUGCACCUCACCAG